GUUCUUUUAAACCUGCGCAGCGCAUCAAAAGCACAGAAUUAGAAAAGGAAAAAAACCUCACUCAGUUCACACACUCACACACAGUGCAAAAAGAAGAGUAGUGAAGAAAAGAUGGGAGAAGAAAAAGGAUCGAGCCUCGUUCAUCUUCUUGUCAUAGUUCUCAGCUUAACUGCGUUUGGAUUUGCAAUUGCUGCCGAACGACGUCGUAGCGUGGGCACUUUACAUACAGACGAGAUCACUAAUCGAACAUAUUGUGUUUACAACUCCGAUGUUGCCACCGGCUAUGGAGUUGGGUCUUUCUUGUUCUUACUCUCGAGCGAGUCUCUUCUAAUGGCUGUCACUAAAUGCAUGUGUUUCGGUAGACCCUUAGCUCCCGGAGGCAACCGAGCUUGGACCAUAAUAUAUUUCUUAUCUUCGUGGAUAACUUUCCUAGUUGCGGAGGCUUGUCUUGUGGCGGGUGCGAAAAAAAACGCUUACCACACCAAAUACAGAAACGUGAUUUACGCGGAUAAUUUCUCGUGUGAGUCCUUACGAAAAGGAAUUUUCAUAGCUGGGGCUGUAUUUGUGGUGGCCACAAUGAUCCUCAAUGUCUACUAUUAUGUCUACUUCUCCCGAGCCACCAAUCAGACUGUCCAGAAAGUCAACCGUGCUAGCUCGACAGCUGGCAGGAUGGGGCGUGUAUAAAUCGAUAUAAGUCUGUGGUGAAGGCUCGAAAAAAAAAUUCGUGCUAAUAUUGAGUUUUUUAUUAGAUGUUAUUAAUCGAUGAAGGUGUUAGUUUUAUUCAUGUCCCAUCUGCCUGUCAUCAGAUAUGUUUUUUAUUCUUGAUUAGUAUUUUGGGUGGUGAUUAUAAACAAAAGCUGGUGAAUUAAUGGAGUUAUGAUGAUUUAUUUUUCUUUACAUGGUUUGUUCAUGUAUGAAUUUGGUAUAGGAUCUGUCAAGUGAAGGAAUUUUGUUUGGAUAGAAAAUUUUUCAUUGAGAGAUUAUGCUUUUGGCUGAGCGUUUGCAAAAUGCAAGCCAUAAUAUUGCUUACUAUAUCAGUGUCUCCAAGCUUUCUGGGUAAAAUAAAACUUGGAUCAUAU